AUUACCAAAAAAAGGCGACAAAUUAAUUCAGAAAAAGCAAUGCGAGAGAGGAUGCUCAAUCCGACACCUCUCCGAUUAAUUUAAUUUAAUCCAUCAUUUUCGAUCCGUGUCUUUGAAUUCCAAGAGACUGAAGAGAUUUCUACGUUUUCGCUUCUGAGAUCUGUUUGUUGUAAAAAGUUUCUUGAAUUUAAAGCUGAUGCGCGCUGAUAUUUGCGCGUACGAUGAUAUUGUGUCGAUUCGUUGAGCGAAUUCUGAAGAAAAAUUUGGGAAUUUUUUGUGUUUUUUUUUCGUGGAAUUUGAGGUGAAUUCACGGUUUGAUCCAAUUGUAUAUAAUCUAUACAGAUAUUGGUGUGUGUGGGUGUGUACGCGCGCGCAUAAAUUGGGAGAGAUGGGGGUGGAUUACUACGAUAUACUGAACGUGAAUAGGAAUGCGACGGAUGAUGAUCUGAAGAAGUCGUACAGAAGAUUGGCGAUGAAAUGGCAUCCGGAUAAGAACCCUAACAACAAGAAAGAAGCUGAGGCCGAAUUCAUACGAAUCUCCGAGGCUUAUGACGUCCUGAGCGAUCCACAGAAGAGGCAAAUCUAUGAUCAAUAUGGUGAAGAAGGGUUAAAGGACAUGCCACCACCAGGUUCUAGUGGCAACAGUUGGUUCCCUAAUUCCCGGAAUGCAGAGGAUAUUUUUGCAGAAUUCUUCGGGAGCAGCCCUUUCGGGUUUGGACCAGCAGGAGCCGGCAGGUCCACUAGGUUUCAGCCUGAUGGAGGAGGGAGUUAUGGGGGAUUUGGUGGGAAUGACAGUUUCUUUCGGACUCAAAGUGAUGGACAAGCUACCUGUACGCCAAAGAAACCACCACCGAUUGAGAGAUCAUUGCCUUGCAGCCUUGAGGAACUCUACAAUGGAUCAACAAGGAAAAUGAAAAUCUCUAGGACAGUGGUUGAUGCCAAUGGACAAUUGUUGCAAGAAACAGAGAUAUUAACCAUUGAUGUGAAGCCGGGGUGGAAGAAGGGAACAAAGAUCACAUUCCCAGACAAAGGGAACGAGCAGCUGAACCAGCUCUCUGCAGACCUUGUAUUUGUGAUUGAUGAGAAGCCCCAUGUAAUUUACACCCGAGAUAGCAACGACCUCAUCAUAAACCAUAGCGUGUCAUUGGCUGAGGCUCUAGCAGGAACCACGGUGAAUUUGACGACGCUCGAUAAUCGGGACUUGUCCAUCCCGAUCACCGACAUCAUGAGCCCCGGUUACGAGCUGGUGAUUGCCGGGGAGGGCAUGCCAAUUGCCAAGGAGCCUAGGCAUAAGGGUGACUUGAGGAUCAAGUUUGAUGUAAAGUUCCCCACAAAAUUGACACCCGAGCAACGAGCAAGCCUGAAGCGUGCCCUUGGAGGUUAGCAGUUCUACCCAAACCAUCACAUUAGUAAAAUAGAAUUUAUGUAACCCCAAUCCCAUUUAGCAAGAUCAAGAUUUAGUGUGUUAUUGUUCUGACAAGAGAAUGGGUCACCAAAAUCACUCGGUUCUAAUUUUGCUUAUGUUGUUUCAAGUUAGGGUGAGCAAAUUUUGAUGGGUUUUUAUUAUUUCUUGACUUGUAUGGUUUUUCUAAAUAUUGUAUGUAUUGUUCAUAUGUAAAUACAGAUGUUGUGAAGAUGGGA